UUUUUGAGUGAAGUUGAAACGGAAAAGCCAUGGCAUUUUCUUCAUUGCGUUCAACUUCUUCGUCUUCUGUGUUGAAUAAACUCCGAUUGUGCCAGCGCUCCAUCUCUGCUAAGGCUUCUUCUUCUCCGAAAGACAAAGACAGAGAGAGAUUGAUGUUUGAUUCAGAAAGGGAAACGGCGGACCUAACUUCAGGAAUCAGUAGACCACUUUCUGAUAUACUGAAAGAGCUGAACAAGAAAGUUCCAGAUUCACUCAUCAAGUUUCGCCAUGAACCUAAUGGAUUCUCCAUCAAAUACAUACCAUGGCAUAUUGUGAAUAGGAUUAUGAAUUUACAUGCUCCGGAAUGGUCUGGCGAAGUUCGAAGCAUCACCUACUCAUCUGAUGGCAAGUCAGUUUCAGUUGUUUAUCGUGUGACAAUAUAUGGGACUGAUGCAGAGAUAUAUCGAGAAUCAACUGGCACUGCUUCAGUAGAUGAUCCAGGUUAUGGGGAUCCAGUGCAGAAGGCAGAGGGUAUGGCAUUUCGUCGAGCUUGUGCUCGUUUUGGGCUGGGACUUCAUCUUUAUCACGAGGACAUGUCUUAGACUGGGAUAGGUCCAAAUUUCUUUUUGGCAUGAGCAAAGAUCCCAAUUUUGUGGUUAAAAAGACAUUACCAACAAGGCAACUGUACUAUGGAGUCUGGUUCAUAUUGUAAGAUUGCUGUAUUAUCUUGAUCUUGUUCAUUUUGUAAGCCCAAAAAUGUUCUUUCAAUGUGGCAAGUUGGUAUUUACUAGGAGUAGAAACUCCAAAUGUAUCU